AUGGUACGUGUGACUGUGGGCGCCAAUAAAACACCCUUCACAUUUCACAAGAACCCCCUCCGCCGGCAUUCUGAGUACUUCUCUCGCGCAUUCGGACCCAACUUCAAAGAAGGCAGAGAUGGCGUCUUGCAUCUUCCCGAGACCUCUAAGACGACCUUCCGCCUUUUUCAGACUUGGGUCUACCUUCAAAUAACUCGUUCGCCUCCAGGUCUUAGUGAGGUGGAAGCUCUAUUAAGCCCUGCAGCGCGCAUGACCCGAUCUUUGAACGCUGAUGUCUCAGCUCACACGCGUACCAGGACGGAAGAGACAAAUCAAAACAAGUCAGAUGCUGACUCCGACUGUAAUAACGAUGUUUUGAACAGCCUCUUCCAUCUCUAUCGCUUUGCGGAUGCAUACGAGUGCGUCAAACUGCGCAAUGACGUUAUCAGCGCCUUCAGCGACCUUACGAAAGAUGGAUUGGCUCCCGACCCCGAAACGAUCGCUUUCAUGUUCGAAGAAUUACCUCCUUCUUCUACCAUCUGUCAAUACUUCGUCAAGAGUGCUGCGCUGAAUUGGGGCCACUACAGGGGCCCUUAUCGAGCGCUACUCGAGGCUACACCGCUGCCCCAAGAUUUCUUAGUAGAAGUUGUGCGCAUCAACCACAAGAUUGCAAGCAAAGGCAAAGGAAUGGAUGCAUUAUGCAACGAGAUACAAGAUCGCUGUAACUUCCACGAGCAUGCAACGGAAGAUGAAAAGCAGCUGUGUAAGUCAAGAAUGCUUCAGGACGCGCCGUACAUAGACGCUCUUAUCUUAGCGUGCUUGGAGGUCUCGAAAGGCGGACAAAUGGCAUGA